GAAAACUAUGUCAAGAGUUGAAACUGCUGACGUCUGGUUGUAAACCUGUCGAUGGAGCAAUAAAAGAGUAUUUUUAAAAAUGAUCUCAGACGAAGGCUGUGGGAUUUCUGAGUAAAUAGGAGACUAAAUGUGACUCUAACGAUGUUGCUGAAUGCCGCCAUUGUUUGCGGGAUUAUAACGGUUGGAUUUGGCGAUGUUAUUUUCGAAUGUCCGGACGAAUGGCAGCCUUUUGCAGAAAAAUGUUAUAAAUUUGCUUUUUAUCCUUCUCUCACAUACGAGGAAGCCAAGAUGGACUGUGGGAUUCAUGGCGCAUCCCUGGUUGGAGUCAACCUAUAUGCUGAACAUGUUUUCAUUAGCAACUGGCUCCUCAUGAAUGACCUCUCUCGCGGCACAUGGUUCACCUCUGGCAUCGUCAACAACAUGAACACCGGCGAUCUGGUGUGGGAGAGUGACGCCACCGUCAUCCUCCCUGACAGGCAGUACUGGCUCAAUGAGGAACACAAGAACAUGACCGGCAGGAACAUCGUCUACAUGUAUGGAGUGACCCAGUACGGUUGGAGCAGGAUUCAAGGGGACAACAGCCAAUCCUCUUAUGUGUGUGAGAUACCUCUGGAUGAAGCCUACCGCAUUGUGCAGGAGGAGAGAGACUUUGAUUAUGGUACGAACAUCACGGACCCUAACGAUGUUCCCCGAGGGCCCCGACUUAUGACGGAACCUUACGAUCUUGUGGAGAUCGGAGAUGCGGUGACAGCCUCCAUCGAGUGUGUAGCUACAGCUGUGCCUCCACCUAUAUACCGAAUGUAUCACACCUUACAAAAUGUCACCAUCCUGAUAACCCCCGAUCUCGAUGACCGGUACUCGCUAACCAACGGGAAGGUAACAAUCGCUGACCCUCGCGAGGACCCGGAUGGAGGUCGAUACCACUGCGAGGCUGAAAACGAAUUUGGAAUUGUUGUCAGUAAACAGAUGCAGCUGUCCUUCGGCAACUUGGCCGAGUUUUCCAACGUUGGAAGGGAGCCUGUCCGUGCAGUACGCCAUAGUUACGCCAUAAUUAAUUGUGUACCUCCCUUAGGAAAGCCAGCUGUAGCCUACAAUUGGCUGAAAAGCAGCGGCAGUAACUUCAUCCGUACGGACAUCAACCCUCACAUCUUCAUCUCCUACAACGGCAAGCUGUACUUCAGUGAAGUGACCGACACUGACGAGACGUACUAUAGGUGUGUGGUGAAGCUGAUCUCUGACAGUAGUGCCGUCAUUGGCUCCAACCAGCCUCCCAGUCGACUCAGCAUGCCUAUCGAUCUCCAGCUGAUUGAUGACUUAUCAACGGAUUGGGGUCCGGAAAUAGCCAAUGACUUCGUGGCAUCCUUCCCACGUCUUCCCAAGCGAGGGCAGAGGGUCCGUCUUGAGUGCUUAGCUUAUGGAACGAUGCCUAUCACAUACUCCUGGCAGCGUGAGGGUGGAUUACCGAUGCCUCUUUCCACUGUGCUGGAUGAUCACAACCGGAUCUUGUACAUCGAUAAUGUCCAGCUGGAGGAUGCUGGGAAUUACACGUGUCAUGCCAGACGAGGUUCGUCCGGAAGUGAUCAGAAGUCCUUCUAUCUGAAGGUCGAAGCUAUCCCGUACUUCAUCUACCCACUCCGAGACCAGCAUGCCGACAUCAACAGUAAGCUUACCUGGCGCUGUGACGCCCGGGCUGUUCCCAACCCAACCUACAGGUGGCUCAAGAACGGCCAACCCUUGAACUCUGUUCCCGGGGACGUCACCAUCUCGAGCAAUAUCCUCACCAUCAACUCCCUUGACCCGCAGAGACACAGUGACAUGUACCAGUGCUCGGCUACAAAUAUUCAUGGUGUGGCCUACAGCGGCGCUCAACUCAGGGUCCUCGCCUUUGCACCCUCCUUCGUGAAGCAUCCCCUUGAACCAACUAUUAUGGGGUCUGUGGGGGGGAACGUGACAAUCAUCUGUAACCCGGAGGCCGCGCCAUUCCCCACCUACACGUGGGCCAAAGAUGGGACUGACCUUAACCUUCCUGACGGGGAUACAACAUCACGUGUCCGGAAGUUGAAGAACGGGAACCUGUUUAUCUCCCCUGGCCAGUUGUCCGACAGUGGGCGCUAUGACUGCACUGCACAGAAUGUGUAUGGCUCGGCUACCAGCUCAGGUCAACUGACCGUAAUAACCGGGUUGACCAUCACGAACGCACCGUCGCCGACACAGGUUGUUGUCAACAACACGGCGUUCCUGAUGUGCCAGGCGUCCCACCAACAGGACGUGGAGAUGGUGUACGACUGGCACUUCCAGGGAAAACCUGUCAACUUCAACGAUCCUCACUUCGAACUCGGACUGCAGGGCACGUUUAACGGCCUGUAUAUUAUCGGGGCACAGGCCCGAUUUGGUGGACAGUAUGAGUGCCUCGCGAAGACAGCUUUCGAGAGAGUCAGCAGAGAGGCCACACUGACGGUUCUAGGACCUCCUGGAGAGCCAUCUGGGGUAUUUGUGGAGUCUGUCCUGACCACCCAUCACUCCAUGGUGCUGUGGUGGACAACAGGGUCGGAGAAUGGACGGAAUAUCAUCUCAUACGCGGUCGAAGUGUCUACAAACUUUGACCCGAGGUGGAUCCUUCAAGUUGGAAAUAUUCCCGAUAGGGCAACAAUCGUCCAAGGGAGGAACAAGCGGAGGUACGAGGUAGAAGGACUCAAACCAGGCACUGGCUACCAGUUUAGGAUAAGGGCAACUAAUUUCUUCGGCGUCGGUCCACAUAGUGCCGCGUCAGAUGUGUUCCAGACCCCUACAGCUCCACCAGCACUGCCCCCAGAGCAGGUGGGAGGGGGAGGAGGAAGCGUGGGGGAUCUCACAAUCACCUGGGAGCCUCUUCACGCUGGAGAUCAUGGAGGACCAGGAUUUAGUUACAGAGUCUACUGGCGACGCCAGGGCACGGAUCGUUGGGCGACGGCGAACGUUGGUGCUGAGGAGGAGACGAAGUAUGUGGAGACAGUAGGUCAGGCACUCUUCUACAGUCUGUACGAGGCCAAGGUUCAAGGAAUCAAUGAGAAAGGUCAAGGUCCCAAUUCAUCUGUGAGUGUCAUCUAUUCUGCAGAGGACAUGCCAGUAGGUGUGCCGGGGAACGUAUAUGCCUUCCAACACAACGCUACUGCCAUCAACGUCACGUGGACCAUGGUCCCGAAUACGCGAGAAGUCAUGAAAGGAACCGUUUUUGGCUACAAUAUCAAUUACCAAACUAUGGAGGAGGAACCGUUCGCCAAUACUCUAGGCCUCAUUGGUCAGAUUUCGUCAGGAUUGGUCAUCGGAUUGGAACCGCACAGCUGGUACAUAUUUGACGUACAGGUGGUCAACACAGGGGGCAUGGGGCCAGUGAGUGAAGUGUACAGACAGAGCACGUGGGGCUAUCCGCCACAGCUCUACCCGACGGAGGUCUACGUCUUCUCACACGGUCCGGACAGUGUUCGUGUUUCCUGGAGGGGGAUUUCAACGACCACGUAUGAGGAACCGCUGAUGGGCUACAAGGUGCGCCACUGGGCUGCUACCGAAGACAUCCGAACAGCUCGCGACACCAAGGCCGGAAAGACGUCGGAGGUGCUGAUCUACGGGGUGUCUGCAAACUACCUGUACAGGCUACGAGUGUUCGGCUACAGUCGCGGUGGUGAUGGCAAGAUGAGCCCGGAUGUGUAUUUCACGCUCGGAGGUUCGGUGAGGAUUGACUCGGACACUUCUGAGAUUAGAGCAGCUGCCACAACAACACAUGCGUCACUCACAACAGUGAUGUGUUGUGCUACAACACUGGUCCUGAACGCACUCCUGGCUCCAUCGACUCCAUGCUAACAUCUGGAGACUCACACUGCUGGUGAAACAGCAUUGGACACGAUCAUUAUUGGAAGCUGAAAUGUUUGAAUACACACUCUGAGCAAACCAUCAUCGUCAUCAUCAACAUCAUCACCACCAUCAUCAACAACUUCAUUAUCAUCUCUUGAAUUCAACUUUAUGAUGUUCCUUUCGUCUCCGUAAGAUUUCAAGAUUAAUAACAAAUUUAAUAUUGUCAUGAUGCUAUGCCUUUCCUAUGCAAUUUCUGAUUUAACGUAUAUAUUUCAAGUUUUCUUAUGGUUAAAUAAAACAAAUACAACAA